UCCAAUAACGUAUUUUUAGGAAAUGAGUCGUUUAAUUUCUGAGUAAGGCAGCACGAAUUUUUUGGAAUCAGUAACGUCUCUCAUCCACUCACAAUUGUCAUCUUCUCAACGAAGCAGAAGACAAUCUUCAGAUUUCAAAAACCCUAACAUUUCCAUCAAUGGCGGCAGCAGCAGCUCAGACAUUGCAGCUCCGACCACUUGGCAAUACUGGACUUAAACUCAGCUCCGUCGGUUUCGGCGCUUCUCCACUCGGCAAGGUUUUCGGUGAUGUCUCCGAACAAGACGCCAUCGCCGCCGUCCGGGAAGCCUUUCGACGAGGCGUCAAUUUCUUCGACACUUCCCCGUUUUAUGGAGGAACUUUAUCGGAAAAGGUAUUAGGGAGAGCGUUGAAGGCUCUUGGAGCGCCUAGAGAUCAGUACAUUGUGUCUACGAAAUGUGGGAGGUACAAAGAGGGAUUUGAUUUCUGUGCUGAGAGAGUCACUAAAAGCAUUGAUGAGAGCUUGGAGAGGCUGCAGCUUGAUUAUGUUGAUAUCUUUCAUUGUCAUGAUAUUGAAUUUGGGUCCCUCGAUCAGAUUGUGAAUGAGACGCUUCCCGCCCUUCUAAAACUGAAGCAAGCUGGAAAGAUCCGUUUCAUUGGUAUAACCGGCCUUCCUUUGGGGAUAUUCACUUAUGUGCUUGAUCGCGUCCCUCCAGGCACAGUUGAUGUAAUCCUGUCAUAUUGUCACUACAGUAUCAACGAUUCAACUUUGGAGGAUCUGUUGCCAUACCUGAAGAGCAAGGGUGUGGGAGUGAUCAGUGCUUCUCCUCUUUCAAUGGGUCUUCUUACUGAGGCUGGAGGUCCGGAGUGGCACCCUGCUUCUUCUGAACUUAAGGCUGCCUGCCGAGCUGCUGUCGAUCAUUGCAAAGAAAGGGGAAAGAAUAUCUCAAAAUUAGCCUUGCAGUACAGCUUAACAAAUACUGAUAUUUCUACCAUACUAGUGGGGAUGAAGUCAGUUAAAGAGGUGGAGGAGAAUAUAGCAGCUGCCCUAGAACUAGCAACGGUUGGGAUGGAUGAAGAAGCAUUAUCAGAGAUCACAGAAAUUCUGAAACCAGUUAAGAACCAGACAUGGCCUAGCGGUAUCCAACAACGUUGAUUUUUUUGACAGUUCUAUGAGCUGUGAAAUAAGGUCUUGUGAUCCCCUUUUUUUGCAUGUUUAUUUUCACUUGGACAUCUCAUACUAAUACUAGUCCAAGUUGAAAUUUUAUGUUGUAUUCUUUGAGCUUUUACCUGUCAAAAUUGAAAAUAAUGAAGAAAUGUUGCAUUACUGAA